AUGGGUGGCUUCUACUACCGGCUACUCGGAUUCGUGAAAGCAAAUGUAAGGAAAACAAUAGACAGUCAUCUUCUCACAUAUCGACAGUUGGAAACGUUGGUUAUCGAAGUCGAAUCGGUCAUCAAUUCGAGACCGCUCGGAUUUACUGGCUCGCCAGUGGAUGAUGGAAUUACAUUAACACCAUCAUUAUUUUUGAGUAUCAACCAUCGCACUGGAUUUCCUGAAAUUGAUAGUGACUAG